GUAGGUAUAUAGAGAUGGGAAUUCCAUCAAUUAAAUUAUCCACUGUUAUGCAAAUUUAUUAAUUUAAUUACGAACAUCGAAUAAUGCUCAAAUAAACGCGAAUCGUGAGAAAACUAAUUCACACUUUUUUACCACGAUUUAUCAAAAGUUUAGUUUUGUUAUAAUGUGAAAGUUGUGUUUUGUGAAAGUAUCGUGUUAUAUGAACGUAUUGUGGUCCUAUCCAUCUCUAAAGUGAUGAUUUGUGACAUUUAUUGACUAGACGCGUCAGCAGUCCUCUCUGUUUUCAUUAUCGCGAAACGACUAGAAAAGUCGAUUUUACUUUUUGCAUGCGUUUUUGAAUGUCCUGUUUUUGAAAGGGAGGCGUACAAUACUCAAAUCGGAUAUAAAAGAUAUGUCAGUAUUUGGCUCUUUAAUGGGCGAUAUGGAAGACGAUCCUUUUUUUGGGUCUCAUAUGCGGCAUAUGCGCCAAAUGAGCAACAUGAUGAACUCUUUGUUUUCUGAUCCGUUCGCUAUGAUGAGGGGAUCGAUGUUAGGAUUCGAGGAUUACGAAAAUCGGGCUUUGACUAGCCGUCACAAUAUGCACAACUCUCUAAUGUCCCCUUUCUCCAUGCCAAUCAUGCCAAAUUUUAAUAGAUUACUCAGUGGUUCUUUAGAUUCAAUGACUACCCCAGCCGCCACGAACUACCACAGCUCUAGCACCGUGAUCAGUAUGUCAUCUGGACCGGACGGCAGACCUCAAGUGUACAAAGCGACGUCGAGCACACGCGUAGCCCCCGGCGGUAUCAAAGAAACGCAAAAGACCGUGACUGACUCGAUGUCCGGGACUAAGAAAAUGUCAAUUGGUCAUCAUAUCGGAGAGAGGGCACAUAUAAUAGAAAAAGAACAAAACAUACACACGGGCGAACGAGAGGAGAGGGAAGACCUGAUAAACAUUGAGGACGACGACAAGGACGAAUUUAAUAACGAAUGGGAAACGAAGACUCGAUCCAGGGCCGAAAUACCGAGAAUUUCUUCGGGGCCAUCGAGAAACAGACACGUUUAUGGAGGACAUUCGUCCAUACCCGCCAUUACAUCGGGUCCUAGUGCCGCUGGGAGACACCCUUACAGUUCGCCCAAUCAACAACAGCCGCCGCCAAAAAAGUCGAAAUCUUUAAAAACGUUUUCAGAUGAUUCCCCCCCUUCACCGUGACUGCUUCACUCAGAGAAACUAGAAUAUUCCAACUUUUAACUUUUUAAGUAGACGCUAGAAACGAAGUAGACUUUUCGCAAGACGAAAUUCAACAAAACCGUUUUUUUUUUUUUUAAAACAUACAAAUUUUAGUUAAAUCUUCAUCCGAUCUUCAAAACGUUUAUUUCUUUAUCUUCUUUACCGUCUCAAUGCCUUUCAUAUUCGUCGGUAACGUGAAAAAGUCGCGCGGAGCUAGAUCUGGAGAAUUCGAUGGUCGCGGCAACAAAGCAUCCUUACUGGACCAAUAUUUAAGUAUUAUCGGUCCAAGUUAUUAUAACAUUGACAUUUUAAAGACUCCAGAAAGGGUAAAAUCGAGCAGAGUUAAAUCUGGGGAAUACGGCAGCUGCAGUAACAAUGCGUCUUUAUUGAACAAAUAUUUAAGGAUUAAUAGUCGAAAAUAUUCAAACGAUGUAAUUUUAAAGAUGCCUUCAUCUUUUGAAAACGGAAAAACCAGACGGAGUUGAAUCUGGUGACCGCUGCAACAGUGGGUCGUUAUUGGACAAAUAUUUAAGUAUUAUUAGUACAAGAUGUCAAAACGAUGUAAUUUUAAAGAUCCCUUCAUCUUUAGAAAACGGAAGAACCAGAAGGAGUUGAAUCUGGUGAAUAUGGUGACUGCUGCAGCAAUUCAUCGUUAUUGGACAAAGAUUUAAGUAUUAUUAGUACAAGAUAUCAAAACGAUGUCAUUUUAAAGACCCCUUUUCAUUCGGAGAUGGUAAAAAAUCACGCCACACCAGAUCUGGCGAUUACGGCGGUUGCAGCAUAAAAAUGCUGUUUCAUCAGUCAAAGGCUCAAAAUAGCGUCGUAUUCGUUUUAAGAAUUCGGAAAAAAUGGCACUGAGUUAGAUCAGGUGAAUACGGUGGCUGCGGCAUCAAUCCAAGAUCUUAAUACAAUGUUAUAUUGAGCUUUGGAUAUCACAAAAAUCGCACGGAGCUAAAUCUGGUAAAUACGGUUGCCAAUACUGUCUUUCUUACCAAUAGUUUUCGAAUUAAUUCUAAAUUCGGUUUUGGUGAAUGGAAAAAGUUGCACGGAACUAAAUCUGGCUAAUACGGUGGCUGCGGAAUUAAAACGCUGUUUUAUUACUCAAAAGCUCAUUUAUUAAUUCAAGAUCUUAAUAUCAUGUUCCAUUCGAUUUUAGAAAUCGGAAAAAUCGCAUGGACUUAAAUCUGGAGAAUACGACAGCUGCUGCGUCAAAAAACUCUUUGUUGUCAAUAAUUCACAUAUUAAUUUUAGAUUCGUUUUUGGUAAACGGAAAAAGUCGCCAGGAACUAAAUCUGGCGAAUACGGUAAAUUAGGGGUGUGCAAAAUAAUCGAUUAAUCAAUUAAUUCGAUUUUUUGUAGGAAAAUCGAUACUCAAUUUUUUGUCGUUUUUAAAUUAAUCGUUUAUUUUCAAUUAAUCGAUUAUUUUCGAUAACCGAUUAUUAUCGAUUAAUCGAUUAUUUUCUAAUAAUCGAUU